GAACAUAAUAAAAUUAGUGACCUAAAGCCAAAAGUCAUCAUGGUGGGUUUGUGAUGUAAUAUGGACCUGGUUGGUGGUGCAGAUAGAGAUAUGUCGUUUUACAUUGGUCGCGAGGCUUCAAAGUUGUGGAAGAGAUUUUGUGCAGAGGCAACAACAGAGAUUAAUCUUCUUGCAGAAAAUUGGAAAUAUAUUCUUGGCGGUUUGAUUUGUCAGUACAUCCAUGGACUCGCUGCUAGAGGGGUACAUUACUUUCAUCGGCCUGGACCAAUUCUUCAGGACGUCGGCUUCUAUCUUCUUCCGGAGCUUGGACAAGAUAGAGCUUACAUAAGUGAAACUGUGUUCACUACCAUCUUUCUAUCUUUUGUCUUGUGGACCUUCCAUCCUUUUAUUUUCAAGACCAAAAAGAUCUAUACAGUUCUGAUAUGGUGCAGGGUCCUGGCAUUCUUAGUCGGUUGUCAAUUCCUUCGGAUCCUAACGUUCUAUUCCACACAACUUCCUGGUCCAAACUAUCACUGUCGUGAGGGUUCAAAGCUUGCCACACUUCCUCCUCCUGACAAUAUCUUACAAGCGCUACUGAUUGUUCCUCGGGGCGUGCUUUAUGGUUGUGGUGAUCUAAUAUUUUCAUCUCAUAUGAUAUUCUCCCUAGUCUUUGUGCGGACAUACCAGAAAUAUGGAACACGAAGGUUUAUAAAACAGUGUGCUUGGUUAGCUGUUAUUGCACAAAGCUUAUUGAUUAUUGCAUCGCGCAAGCAUUACACUGUUGACGUUGUUGUAGCAUGGUACACUGUCAACCUUGUAGUGUUCUUCAUUGAUAAAACAUUACCAGAACUGCCUGAUCGCACGAGUGCCUUGUUGCUUCCAGUGACCAAGGAUAGCAAGUCUAAAGAAGAGAAUCACAAACUGCUGAAUGGAAAUUCUGGAGAUCCUGCAGAAUGGAGGCCCAGAACCCAAAUCAAUGGGAAGAUCGUGGAAGAUGGCAAAACAGUACAUGAAGCAGUGAUUAAUGGUGUAUAGACGAUAAACGUCAUGGAAUGCCACUAACUGAUACCCGGUACAUAGACUGGUAACAAUGCUAUAUUAUAAGUUGCUGGUGUUCUUCCAAGUUCAAUAGUUCUGGUUUUAGUGUAGGAUACGAAACGAAGGUCGAUUGCAAUGCUGUCAAUGUCUCCACGUUCCCCUGUGGUUAAAUUUAAUGUUCAAUCAAAAAUGUAUCAUGGAAUUCAUUUUAUUUUUUGGUUAAUGCAAUUAUUUCCUCA